GGUCGCCGAGAGGCUGGGCAACUCGACCGCUGGAGAGCUAGGCGCCGUUGUGAGGAGAGACAUGAGUCAGGCGGCCAAGGUUUUACAGCUCUUUAAAACAUUGCACAGGACCAGACAACAAGUUUUUAAAAAUGAUACCAGGGCAUUAGAAGCAGCCAGAAUAAAGAUAAAUGAAGAAUUUAAAAGCAAUAAAAAUGAAGCUUCUCCUAAGAAAGUAGAAGAGCUAAUAAAAAUAGGUUCUGAUGUGGAAUUGUUACUCAGAACAUCUGUUAUACAAGGUAUUCACACAGACCACAAUACACUGAAAUUGGUCCCUAGGAAAGACCUUCUUAUAGAAAAUGUGCCAUAUUGUGAUGCACCAACUCAGAAGCACUGAAUUUUCUAGGAUACAAUCAAGUCUUUGUAAUUAAAAAUUUUUAAAUAUAUAACUGCAACAAAAGUCCUGGAAAUGCAGAUAAUUUUCUCCGAACUGGCAUGUUAAAAAUUAGUGAAUCAAAGUAUAGUUUUAUAAUUAAGUUUCAUAUUAAUUGGACAUUGCUCAAAACUGUAGGUCAUAGCUAAAUAUUUCUAAAGAACUAUUAGAUAAGACAUUUCAUUUUCAUUGAAAAUCAAACUUUACAAAGUGAAAUAAAUGCUUAGGGAAAUGUAUUUAUUUCUCUUUGAAAUACUUUGGUAAGUAUUUCAGUCUUACCAUAACUAUUUGAGAAUGCAGUGUUUUGACAAGUUGGUGGUUUUUCCUCCCAUGUGAAACGAAACUAUUAGAUUAAGAUUAUUAGAUUAAAUUGAUGUUUAGUCCCAAACACGUUAAAUUGGUCAAAACAUCACAGUGUAUGGCCCUGGCCGGGUACUUAGUUGGUUAGAGCAUCAUCCCGAUACGCCAAGGUUGCAGGUUCAAUCC